GGCGCGAGAUGGAACUGAGCAAGAGGUUGCGCUUGGUGCUUGCGCUAUGGGGUGUCCUACGGGAUGAACCGACACUGCUGUGUAAGGCCUGGGCCAGAAGCGCACUGUGCUCGUCAACCUCGCCCUCCUCUUCAUCAGUUGGGCUGUGGCUCUCGACAUCUUUGGGGUCUGGGAUCUCAUAGAGACAAUAAUCGACAGCCUCCCUCUCGGACAGGUGGGUCAGAAAGCGCCAAGCGACAAUCUCGCAGGCGUUGGCUCUGGCGUCCAUCAAGCCCUUAUCCUCGACGCUGGUGCCAUAGUGCCACUUCAGGGCGAGGAGGGCAUUCACAAUGGCGGGGUGAGUGCAUGUUCGGCCGAGAUGGUCAACGAGCGCACGAAGGCCAUCUCCGGCAGCAGUGGUCCUCAGCUGCUCGAAAGUGCUGGGCAAAACCACGGUGUCGGCAAUAUAGCUGACAAGAUGAUCAGUAAAAGACCAAUUGUGGAGAUGCCGUAGAAAAUACUCACACGGAAAGCUUCUUGACAACAUCUCGGAAGCUGUCCUCCUCGCUGAUGUCGGGGAGCUCCGCGACGAAGCCGAACUUGUGGCGCGGGGAAGGGGUGCGCAGGCUCUCGGUGCGCUGCACACCCUGCGGGCGCGACUUGACACGGAUAGGCAUUGGAUGGUGAGAUGGCAGCAAGCAGCGAAGCAGCGCUCGUAGCACAGCAGAAGCAACCGACAACCUGGAAAGGGAGGGGAAAGGGAAAGAAUGAAAAGAUAUGCUUUCAGUUCGUGAUCAGGCGCAAUGGAGAUGGCGGGCAGUUCUAGGCCAUAUUCGGUUGGGUCGCUUAUUUUCCAGGGUCCUCGUCCUCGGCGGCUCAGCCCGACACAGACCACCCCUAAAAAUUGCUUGUUUCAAGCAUGACUGGGCCGCCCUCAAUUGUCCCUCAGCGCGUCCCUUUCGCCACGUCCCAUGACCUGCUAAGCCCAUUGGAGAGACAAAACAAAAGCCCAUCAUUGGGACUCUUUUUCUGUUGGAGAAUUGGGGUUGGUUCCAACAUUUGCGGGGCAAUUCUCACCUGAGACAUCACCAGCCCCUCGACCCCUCAACCCCUCACCUAAGCUCGACCCCUCACAUGUGUGUUCCUCAGCUUCACAUUACCUACGGCCGGGAGACUGAGCGGUGCGCAUGUAACUAUACUUGAGAUCACCUGGCAUCACUAUUACCCCCUUUUCACACUGUUCCAUUCCUCCCAGCUUCAUUGUUUACCUUUUUCCAAUACGGGCUAACCGGAGCCCGCUGCCCCGCCCUCAUGAGGCGGCUAAUAUUUCAUUGGUGAGCUUUCUCAUAUCGACGGCCUCACACCUCGGAGGGGACCAGAGCGAACUUCUUGGUCUUGAACAUCACCGGCGAACAUGAGAGGUCUGGAGAAGUAUUUAAUGGGGGCGGAUGGCGGGUUGAUGGCUGUCUGUCGGAAGUCAUCUUGACAAGAACACGACGAGGAACCGAUCACCACCAAGAUGAAGGGACUUUUCGCCUUCGGCCUCGGCCUUCUUUCUCUAGUCAACGCCCUCCCCCAAGCACAAGGUGGAGGAGCAGCCGCCUCAGUCAGAGUCAGCGGCACCCGCUUCGUGAUAGACGGCAAAACCGGCUACUUUGCAGGAACAAACUCCUACUGGAUUGGCUUCCUGACCAACAACAGAGAUGUCGACACAACCUUGGACCACAUCGCCUCCUCGGGCCUCAAAAUCCUCCGCGUCUGGGGCUUCAACGACGUGAACAACCAACCAUCCGGUAACACCGUCUGGUUCCAACGCCUCGCCUCCUCAGGCUCCCAAAUCAACACCGGCCCCAACGGCCUCCAACGCCUCGACUACCUCGUCAGAUCAGCCGAAACCCGCGGCAUCAAGCUCAUCAUUGCGCUGGUCAACUACUGGGAUGACUUUGGCGGCAUGAAAGCCUACGUCAACGCCUUUGGAGGCACAAAAGAAUCCUGGUACACCAACGCCCGCGCUCAGGAGCAGUACAAGCGUUACAUCCAGACUGUCGUCUCGCGAUAUGUCAACAGCCCCGCAAUCUUUGCCUGGGAACUUGCCAACGAGCCCAGGUGCAAGGGAUGCAACACGAAUGUUAUUUUCAACUGGGCGACGCAGAUUUCAGAUUAUAUUCGGAGCUUGGAUAAGGAUCAUUUGAUCACCCUUGGGGAUGAAGGGUUCGGGUUGCCGGGGCAGACGACGUAUCCGUAUCAGUAUGGGGAGGGGACCGACUUCGUCAAGAAUCUGCAGAUUAAGAAUCUGGACUUUGGGACGUUUCAUAUGUAUCCUGGUCAUUGGGGGGUGCCGACGAGCUUUGGGCCAGGGUGGAUUAAGGAUCAUGCGGCGGCUUGCAGGGCGGCGGGGAAGCCGUGUUUGUUGGAGGAGUAUGGGUUUGAGAGUGAUAGGUGUAAUGUGCAGAAGGGCUGGCAGCAGGCGUCGAGGGAGCUGAGCAGGGAUGGGAUGAGUGGUGAUUUGUUUUGGCAAUGGGGCGAUCAGUUGAGUACUGGGCAGACACAUAAUGAUGGGUUCACGAUUUAUUAUGGUUCUUCGUUGGCUACUUGCUUGGUUACUGACCAUGUGAGGGCUAUCAAUGCUCUCCCGGCGUAGAGUACAAGGGAUUUGUACAAGAGUCGAGGGCAUUAUUUGAGUUUGUU